AGGCUCAUGGACUCGACUCGCAUUCAUGCUUCUCGAAUUGAGCUAAAAAAUAGACUUCACAAACACGUUUCCAGACUUAGCCAUUUCUAGGCAGUUUCCCAGUUUUGGCAUAGCCUUUUGAUGAGGUUGAAAAAGGGUCUUCUGGACUUCCUAUCAAGCUAUCAAUCACUUCAAUAUGUAGAGGGACACUCCAGCUUCAAAACAAGUCAUUAGUCUUCAAUUUCCAUCUAGCCAAUUGUAUGAUAUGAAUAUCCAAAGUAAGCACUGUGAACUGUUUUUACACUGAAACAACAGAUUAGGUCGACCGGAUCCUAUAUGAGGUCGACCGGAUCCUAUAUGAGGUCGACCGAAUUCUAAAUGAGGUCGACCUAAUCCUAGCUGAGGUCGACCGGAAAGUGCAAGUCACUGUGACAUGCAUGUCACCGUAGGCACACCCUAAUGUUUUUUUUAUCUAAACUUUUUUCAGAGUCUUGUAUAUUAUCCAAACCUAUCGAAAUACUAAAAAUUCGUUAAAUGUUAAUUUUCAGUUAGGAAUUUUUGUUAGUAAUAUUGAUUUGGCAACAUGAUACCGACUUGAAAGAGACACAUGAAUGUUAACAUUCCUAAAUUUUUAUAUUUUAGCUAAUAAAAGAGUUACAAAAUUAUUAACGAUAUCGUAAAAAUGAUUAAUAUAUUGAUACAUUAUGAAAAAAUUUAGCUAAUUAAUAGCAUUUUAAUAGGUUUGGAUAAUAAUGAAUUCGAGCAUGCUAGAUCUUUCAUCCUCCCAACAAGGGGUUUUUUUUUCUAUGGUUUUUUUCAGCAUGAAUAUUGCACGAGUAGUGUCAGAUUAUAGGACUUCCAAUUUCUACCUCCUCAAAUCAUUUUGCUUCUGCCGUUCAGGAUAGUAAUAAUACCCAUAGAUAAAUGUUAUAAAUUAAAUUUUUUUUUGCUUUAUCAUAAAUUCAGAAUAUAAAUUAAAAAAAUCCCCUAAAAUUUGAAAAGCAUAGAGUCCACCCAAAAAAAAAAGUGUAGUAAUAUAUUAUACCUAAAUCCAAAAUAUAAAAUAUGUACAUUAUUCUUCUCAUAAUGCUACCUACCCAAUGUCCCCCCUUCUUUUUCACAUCUAUAUAUAUAUAUAUAAAUCUCACCACCUUGUUCCUUCCUCAAGAAACGUCGCCAAAAAAAUAAAACACAGAGAGAGAUGGCAGCAGAGCAACUGAUCACUCCCACCACCACGACGUUGAUUUUCCAGCUCGAGGAAACCCUCCUCCGGUCGCCGUCCCUCUUCCCGUACUUCACCCUCGUGGCGCUGGAAACCGGCGCCGGCGGGAUCCUCCGGGCCCUCCUCCUGGCCCUCUUCUACCCACUCCUCCGCUUCGUCGUGGGCCGAUCCACGGGGAUAAAGAUCAUGACGUUCCUCUGCUUCGCUGGGCUGAAGACGGACCGGGUCAGGUUAUUGGGCCGGUCCGUGCUGCCCAAGUGGUUCCUCGACGACGUCGGAUUGGAAGGGCUCGAGAACGUCAUGAUGAUGAUGGGCCGCCGCCGCCAAGGGGAGAAGUUGAUGGCCGUGAGUGAUUUGCCACGUGUUAUGGUGGAAGGGUUUGCUCGAGACUAUUUGGGCGUUGCGACGGUGGUUGGUCGGGAGGUGAAGGAGGUGAAUGGUUAUUUUGUUGGGUUGAUGGAGGAAGAUAGGAGGGAGGAGCGUGUGUUGAGGGCCGUUGAUGAUGAGGUGGCGAGUAAUGGUGACGGCGGCGGCGUCGGCGGUGGUGAGAUUUAUGUAAAGGAGAAAAGUGUGGGAGUGGGAGCCCAUCAUCGACUCGUUGGGGUUGUUGGCUGUAGGGAUGGGGAUGUUGGGGAUCACCACAUCUUCAGGAAUUGUGAGAAAGUUCACGUCGUGAGGAGAUCCGAAAAGAAGCAAUGGAGCGCCCUCCCGAGGAACCAGUACCCAAAGCCACUCAUCUUCCACGACGGCAGGCUGGCCUUCCGGCCAACUUUCCCGGCGACCCUGGCGCUCUUCAUGUGGGUCCCAUUCGGCUUCCUCCUCGUCGUCAUCCGCUUCCUCAUCGGCCGCCUCCUCCCCUUCCCUCUAGUCAUCCCGUGUCUCUCCCUCACCGGCAUGCGAUUCGUCUUCACCGGAACCCCACCGCCACCGCCGCCCGGCCGCUCGGGCGGAGGCACAAUGUACGUGUGCAACCACCGCACGCUCCUCGACCCGAUCGUCAUCGCGCUGGCGCUGCUCAACACCACCGCGACGGCGGUGACGUACAGCCUGAGCAAGUUCAACGGGGUGAUCUCGCCGGUGAGGAACGUGCCGCUCACGCGCGACAGGGAGAGGGACGGAAGGAUUAUGGAGGAGAUACUGCGACACGGCGACGUGGUGGUUUGCCCCGAAGGUACGACAUGCAGGGAGCCUUAUCUGUUGCGAUUCAGUCCGCUUUUCGCAGAGGUGGCAGGCGGGAGCACGGGGAAGAUCGUGCCGGUGGCGGUGAACGUCGGGGUCAGUAUGUUUUACGGGUCCACGGCGAGUGGGCUUAAAUUGCUGGACCCGGCCUUUCACUUGCUCAACCCAUGCCCUCUUUACUCCGCCAACUUUCUGGUGGCUGUGCCGACGCCAUCUGCUGCUGCUGCUGCCGGUGGUGGUGGUACCACAACUUCGUCGGGCGGGAGAAUAAUUAGUGCAACUGGCGGGAUUGAAGUAGCAAACUCUGUCCAGAAAGUGAUUGGCGAUGAGCUUGGCUUUCAAUGCACCAGCUUCACCAGAAAAGACAAAUACAUGGUCUUGGCUGGCAAUACCGGCGUCAUCUCCUCCUCCUCCUAGUUAAUUCAUGGGAAAAAGAAAGUAAUAUUGAAUUAUUAUUAUGUAAUUUUUUUUUGUGUGAAGGUGAUAUAUAACCAAAUUUAUUAUUGUCUUAUUUACCAAAUUUAUUAUUGCAAUUUGCAAGUGUAAUAUGCGUGCAUCCAUGUUUGGCUAUAGUUUGAUUUUUUUUUUGUUCCAUUGUGGUUAGAUGUGGCAAUUAGUAGGGGUGGUAAACGGUAAUCCGGUAAACGGUUUACCGUUUUACCGAACCGUUUAUCGGCGGUAUCGGCAGCCGAGCGGGAAGUUGGGGGAGUUGGUUUACCGGACACGGUAUCGGUAAAUACCGACGGUAAAUCGGUAUUACCGAUACCGAAUCCCCCCUCCUUACUCCCUAGUGCUACGCUGCGUUUUGUUGCUUUACCCACAAAAAUAUAAAAUAUUACAUACAUGAAUGUAAGUAUAGGCCUCAAAAAUAUUGUAAAUAAAAGUUAAUAAUAAAUUAUUAAUUACAAAAAUGAUGAAAAAAACUCAAAAAAAUCAACAUAUUACAACAUCACCCCACUUCCAGAAAUUCGGUUCGGUAAAUAAUCGGUAAACCGACCGAAAAACCGCCCGAAAUCGCUUCUCACGGUAUUUCGGUAAUACCGGUUUGUAACCGUUUACCGGUAAUUCGGUAAUCGGUAAACCGGUUACAAACCGGUAUCGGUAAUCGGUAACCAGUUUGGCCAACUUCGGUAUACCGAAACCGGUAAAUUCGGUUAACGGUAAAUUGUUUACCGACCGAAUCCCAUCCCUAGCAAUUAGGAUCCAAAUCCAUGAAUCCAAUCCAUCCACCAAAUUAUCCACUUAAUCCAAUCCAUUUAAAUCCAAUCCAUUUGAUCCAAAUCCAAUUGGAUUGGUGGAUUCAUGGAUCAAUCCAUGGAUCCAAAUGACAAAUUACGAUAUGGUACCUAUAUUUUUUAUAUUUUACAUUUUGGUACCUAGCAUUUAUAUUUUUAUACGAAAAAAUCAUUGGAAAAUUACAUUUUGGUACCUAAAAUUUUUCAUUAUGACAUUUUAACACUUAAACUUUUCAAAAUUUACAUUUUGGUCCAAGCCUUGGAUGUCAUUUGGAUUCAUGGAUCAAUCCACCAAUCCAUUUGAUCCAAUCCAUGAAUCCACCAAUCCAUUGAAUCCAAUCCAUUUGAUCCAUGGAUCCACCAAUCCAAUCUACGAAUCUACGAAUCCGAUCCAAUUGUCACCUAUAAUUGUGGUACAUUCUGCCUGUAAAAACUACUUCUUCACGAAAUAUUAUCAAUUAUUCACGCAGAUUACCUAAUUUUUCAUGCACUCUUAUGCAUUGUUUGAAGAAGAAGAAAAACAUGUAUAAUAAGAGAAUCAAGUGCAUUAAAAUGUAGCUUUUAUACAUGAAUGAUUGGCCACUGCAUUUCGUUUUGAGUUUUCGAUUGGUUUUAUUACAAUAUUAAUGUGGAAGUAGGUAUGAACGUUAGGAGGACAAAGGUAUGUGUAUUCCCUUCUAAUCAGAUGAGGCAUUUGGAAGUCUGGGGGAUGGGUUGAUCAAUGAACGAACGUGUCAAUGACUUCCCAUGUCUAGAGUAAGUGAGAAACUAGGUAUAAGGUGAGGCUCAAGGUAUGAGAAGUCUUCCAGCCGUAGAGGUGGACGAGGGGUUGACGUCCUAUUCGGUUGAGUUGAUCCUCCAGGGGGUCUCCGGUUGGUGACUAGAACUGACUUGAAACAUAUUGGGUGGAGGAGGUGUUGAUGUCAAUGUUUGGAUUUAACCUCUUAGCUACUCAAUUUGGGCUUGAAGUUCUUCGAUGAACGAUAGAGGGGUUGGUUCUUUGUCCCAAACUCCGCUGCCAAUUUAGGAAAUGUUGGAGCUUUGAGACUCCAUUAUGAGUGAAGUGUUGGCAUUAGGCUUAUUCAAUCUUUUGCUUCGGGGCACACGGUGGGCGCCAAUUGUUGAUGUUAGGGUUGUGGUCGACGUCGAGUUUUUUUUAUGUUGGAUAUUGAAGUCGGUUGACGCCCACCUUUCACCUCGAACUUGUCUCGUGAGUCAUGAUGUCAGCUCCGGUCGUCUCCUGCAAAAAGGGUUCGUCGGCCGAUCUCGGUGAGUACAUUCUCCAACGCUCAAGUUAGUGAGUGGUUUGAGAGGAGAGGAAUAUGACCUCGAAAAGAAACAUUAGGGAAUGAGAUUGAGAAUGAAUAUCUGCGCUAAUCAUAACGAGAGUUCCCAAGUCUAGACAUGGGGAUCUUUUCUUACCUCAAUAUGAAAACGAAGUGGCCUUUUAUAAAGGCCUCUGGGGAAACUUGAAGGGAGUAGGUCUCUCUCGAGAGCUUGGUAGUAAAAGGAUAGGACACGUCAAGAGGGUACGUGGCCAUGAGUGUUGAGUGACCUGGAGAGACUGACCUUAGGGGUGGCUGGAGUGAGUCUAAGGCGGUCGAGGUGACCUAGGGUGAUUGACCACAAGGGUAGUCGUAGUGACCCCAUGGUAGCCUAGAUGACCCGUGGAAGUGACCUCGGGGUUUGCCGGAGUGACCCUAGGGUGGGCGAGGAGACCCAAGGUGAUUAACCACGGGGUGACAAGAAUGACCCAAGGUGACCUGGGGUGAUUGCACCGGGGUGGUCGGAGUAACCCCAAGUUGACCUAGGGUGAUUAACCAUGGGGUGGCCGAUUGGACCCUAAGUGAUUGACCUUGGGAAGGCCGGAAUGAACUUAAGAUGACCCG